GGAGCCUAUGAGAGGUGACCACCCUGAUUCAAUGAAUAACCACUGAAAAUCUGUAUUCCUCCAGCUAGGAGAGCCAUGGCAACAGCAGCGUGCAUCCCUGAUGAGCCUCAGCUAAGAAGCAGAAGGAGGCACGAUCUCCAAGAGAUGCUGACAGAAGUGGGACUGUCUGUUGACUACUGGCUGCCUAAGCUUCAGGAAGAUCUAGGUGUGACCUCUGCUCAGGCCUUACAAUAUUUAGACAAGAGUGACCUCGAGAAGCUGAAGUCCCAGACACAACACACAUGGGAGAAAAGGGCUCUGGAGAAGUUGUUGGACCUCUCACAGCCAAAAAGAGAGCUGCAGGAGACUCCAGGAGAGAUGAUAAAGAACAGGCAGAGGCAGGCAGGCCAGGCACUGCAGGCUCUGAGAGUCUUGCAGUCUGAAGGGAAGCACAGAGGAGAAGAGGCAGUGAGGAGAAAAGAAGCAGAGCUGAGACAAGCAAUGGAGAUCCCUGAGGAGUGCUGGCCAAAGCCUGAAGUGUCCCUAAAAGACAUCACUGAAAUAAUGGAGAGACAUCUCAGUCACAUGGAACAGACCCUGGCUCACAGUCAAAAUCUCUCAGAUGGAGACCUGGUAAGACAAGCAUCUGGAGGGCUGGCUCUACAGGGAAUUUUUAAGACAAGUCACCAAAGAAGCCUGAUUCAGAAGAGAGAAGAGCUACUCAGUGUCCCUAAGCAGUUCUCACUCCUUGGCCCAGAACAUGGCACCGAAAUAAAAACAAUGGAAUUUUCAUCUUUUCAAGAACAAGCCAUGUUUACACGGACUAUAAAAAUGAUGGGUUUCAGUUCAACUUGCUUGGUUAAAGGUGAAGGUUGGGGACUUAGUCUAGAAGCUGGUAUGGGUCAAAACAAACAGACAGAAUCUGAGGAUGCACACCAAUCACAUUUAGAGCAAACUUAUUUUUGCUCAGCCAGGUUCAGCUAUAUCCCAUUGGCCACCUGCCAUUUUCACAUCAAUGAUCUUCAACUCUCCAAGGCUGCUCUCCAGGAACUAAAGACUAUUGAAGAACUCCUGGAGCAGACUACACACCCAGAUGAACUACUCAUAUUAAGGCACAAGGCUAAAAACUUUUUCGACAGGUUUGGCUCUCAUGCUAACCAAGGCCCUCUGCAACUGGGCGGAAUCUAUUGCUGGAAGGCCAUUUCAGAAGGUUUCAAAAGUGAGCACUUGGAUGAUGUAAAGCAGCAAACAAGAGAGUCUUUGAAUAUUUACAUUACAGGCAGUUAUAGUGGCUUUGGAGUUAAAGUUGGUGCAAGUGUAAAUAUAGCAGACUCAAAUUCAAAAACAACAUCUUACAGUACAACUCAUCUAAACUCUCAAGCCAAGGUAAAGCUAUCUGUAGCCCAGAUAGGUGGACCAGCAGACGCAGAUGGAAUUGCCCAGUGGACAGCUGGCCUUGUAGCUAGCAAUCAAACCUGGUCUGUCAUUGAUAGGGGACUACAGUUGGUACCUAUUUGGGACAUCAUCCUGUCCAGUCACAGAACAGAAUUUAAGAACGCUCUUCGAGUGGCUAACUGCCUAAAAGACAACUACAUGGCUCUGACUGAGCUAGCUGCCCAGAUUCAAGAAGGGGAAGAAUUUCUGACUGCUAGGAAAGAAGCUAAGCUUUUCCUAGAGGACAUAAAAUGCUGGGAGGUUUCUGAUCCUGAAGAACAGCUUACUAAGUUAGUAGAUUUUAUGCAAACUUUGAGUCAAAAAAUAAAUAGUUAUAACAUUUGGAUUAAUACAUGUCUCACAGAUUGGGAUAUGCAGAAUUUUCUAAUAAACAUUGUCAACUUCUGCAAAAAUUCACCCAUGUAUAAAACUCACUUUAUUAAAUCUCAGUUGUGCAGCCUUCUAGAACCUCAUGUCUACAAAGUGGCAAACUUUCCUCAGGCACACUCCAUCAUACAGUGGAUCAACCAGUCAGAGUCAGAGGAAGAACUAGUCAAAAUUACCUCAUUUUCUGAAUUCAUUAAGACCUUAAAGAAAACCCAUGAAUACCUGAUGGAACUGAGUUUCAAAAAUGAGUACCCAGAAAUAGUGGAAGAAGCAAAGAAAAGAGCUACAUAUGAGGUCACCACAGCUCUCAGCUCCUUCUUGAAGUACCUCAGAAAAACAGAGCAGCCAGACAUGCAGCUGCUGCUACUCUCCAUUGCAGCUGGUGCAGGCUAUCAGUUGGGAAACAGUAUUUUUCAGCAUCUUCUGGGGUGUAAAGAGUUAAAGUUUCUCUGGGAUCAAAUGGAAAAUAGCCAACACAAAUACCAAGAGCUUAAAAAUAUUUGCAAUUACAGUGCUCAGGCAUUCCUGGUGCUCACAGCUCUAAGAGCCACAGUUGAAAUCACAGAUGUUUCUAAAGAAGAGAAAGGACAACGUUUGACAUUAAUACAACAACAUAUGGGGACACUGUUAUCUGAAGAAGUUGCACAUGUUCUUGCAAAACAUGAAGCACAUCAUGACUGGGAUAGUCUGGAGAAUGAUUUGAGAUUACUCAUUGAGGGGGACUAUAAAGCCACCACCCAUUCCUUACAAAUGGAUGAGGUAAAAAAACAAUUGCAAAGUCUCUGCCAUGAAAAGAAACAGGCUUAUAAACAAAGUAAUGAAAACAAUACAAAGGGAAUGAUAGAAAAUGGACCUUUCCUGGACUUACUCCAACGUCUAGACCUAGACAAUUACUAUCCAAAAAGGAUGAGCAGAGCAGACUUCCAUCUGAUCUAUAAGACCUCUGUGUACAAUUCACAGCCAAGGUCUGAAAAGGAGCUUCCAUUCUAUUUCCUACAAAAGCUACUGAUGUUGGAUUAUGGGUUGAGACAUCUUGUAGUCAAAGAUGAUGAAAACCUAAAAAAACAAACCUCCAUAGGUUCCUCCAAUCAUGAAAAUGAAGAUUUUGAUCCAUAUGAUGAUGUCAUUAAAGACAAUGACAGUUCUAGCUAUCCUUCAGACACUGAGUCCUGGCCCCACAUUCACCCAAUGGAUAUCCAGAUGGCCAUUUGUCACUGUACAGAUGAUCUUGCCAGACAAUAUAUUUUGUCCAAACUUUCCAUUUGUCAAUAUGCACUCCCACUUGUGGUACCAAAUCCCAACACUUCUCAGAUUGAAUUUUAUCUUUGGUCUCUAAGACAAAUUAGGAAAAGUUGGCAAGAUAAAAGUAAAUCUCCACAGGACAAGAGCUACAGUCACAAGAAUCAGCAGAUGUGUAGUGUCUCUACCCCUAUUGUGUCCUUCAUUAGAGUUGGAAAUGACCUCUCUGCUUCCAAAUCACAGAUCAUGAACUCUCUUCUCAGUAAACGUAAACAUGAUGUGUUUUUUCACAGACACUGCAGAGGAAGCAACAAACACUGUGUCCUGAUGGGGGGAGUGGUGGAUAUUUGCUGGUUCUGUCCUUCUGGCCAAGGUGAGGACAUGUUUGACAAGUGUCUGACAUUUGCCAGUCUUCAUGGAGAUGCCAAGGAACAUAGCCAACAACUCAGCUUCCUCCAAGAUGUCUCUUCUCUCAUUGUGAUCCUCAUGUCAGCUUCUGAUAACAAUAAAGAAAACCAAAAGCUUGUCAGACACCUCUGUCAGUCAUCGACACCUUUGAUCUGCUUGAUUGAUGACAAAGAAAAGGCCAUAGCAAAUACUUCUGGUAAAAGAAUGAGAAUUGGCAUCAAGAAUAGAAAUGAGGCAGAAUUAACAGAGGAGCUCACCAAUGCCAUCAAACAUUGCCUAGAGCUCUCUAACACUGCUCUCAGUUUGGAGGACUGUUCACAGAGAGCUCGAGAACAAGGAUUCCUUAUUGAUGAAGACCAGAGAGACUGCAAGGAAGCCAAAGAAAAGGCUCAGACUUUAAUGGCCCUCCUGGAGGAAUACAAGUUAUCUCAGACAAAAGAAAAUUUACUACCCCUUCAAGGACAACUUUGGCACCUUUGGUGUAAGAAAGACAAAGAAUUCUAUCAUCUGAGAGAAAAGGGGAAUCGAAGCAUUGAACAACACAAGAGUGAGAUUGAAACAGAGAAAAGAAUAAUUAGAUGUCAGCAGUUGGAAAAAGCCUUUCCUCUCAAUGAUUUAAUGCGCUCUGUUCUUGAACUCCUCCAAGACUAUUCAGAAACCCAUAACAAACUCUACUUUUUGCAGUGGCUGACUCUGUUUUUUGACAACCUGACGAUUGAACACCUGGAAAAAUUACAUGAAAAGCAGAGAUCUUUGUGGUUAAGGAUACAAACAGAAAAGCAAAGAGAACAGAAGAGCAGCUCUCUGACACUCUGGCAGAAGCAGAUGGAUGCCAUUUCCACAGAGAUUCAUGACUGUACUUUAGGAACUGAGCACCUUCUCCGAGAAGUUGGCCAGAUCUAUGAAGCCCUGGAAGAAUCCUCCUCCUCUAGAGACAGCCUUUUUCUCUGCCUCCCUCAGAUUGCUGCGGACCUGAUGAUAGCUGGGGUUCCCAUUGAGCUGAUGGACGGGGAUGCUUCAUAUGUGCCUCUAAAAUGGGUAGCAGCUAUUUUUGACAAGAUCUCAGAGAAAGUUGGAGACAAAAGGCUGUUUGUUCUCUCUGUCCUUGGCCUGCAGAGCUCAGGGAAGUCUACCCUGCUAAAUGCCCUGUUUGGUGUGCAGUUCACAGUCAGUGCAGGCAGGUGUACCAAGGGGGCCUACAUGCAGCUCCUGAAGGUGGAGGAGACAUUCACAGAACAACUCGGAAUUAAAUAUGUGCUUGUUGUAGACACAGAAGGACUUCGGGCUCCAGAACUAAACAACAAAUCUCAGAAUUGGGACCAUGAGUUGGCAACAUUAGUCAUUGGCCUUGGAAACUUGACUCUGAUCAAUAUUUUUGGGGAGAAUCCCUCAGAGAUUCAGGACAUCCUACAAAUAUCUGUUCAAGCAUUUCUGAGAAUGAAACAAGUGAAAAUCUCCCCCAGUUGCCUCUUUGUCCAUCAGAAUGUGGGAGAAGUUACAGCAAAGGACCAAACUAUGGAAGGACGGAGGAGACUGGAGCAGAAACUGGAUGAAAUGGCAGCAUUGGCUGCUGAGUUAGAAGAGUGCUCAAACAUAACCCGCUUCAGUGAUGUGAUUAAGUUUGAUGCCAAUCGCCAUGUCUACUACUUUGCUCACCUCUGGGAUGGCAAUCCCCCAAUGGCCCCUCCCAAUCCUCGCUAUAGCUACAAUGUCCAGGAACUAAGGAAUGUAAUUCUUUCAACUGCCCAGCAGGAAUCUAGGGGAAGGAUCUUAAAAAUCUCAGAUUUCAAAUUCAGAGUUCAAGAUUUGUGGAAAGCUCUUGUCAGUGAAAACUUCAUUUUCAGUUUCAGGAACACCCAAGAGGUCAUAGCCAUGAGCAAACUGGAAACCAAGUAUAAUGAAUGGACCUGGGAGCUGAGGAGUCAUGCACUGGACUUACAGAAUCAGCUGAACAAUCAGAUUCAAAAUGGGAAAAUCCUGACACUCACAUCUGAUUUACUGGAGGAUCCACUUAGCAAGAAAUAUAAAACCAUCAAAGAAGAAUUUGACAAAUAUUUUGAAGAAGACCCAGAUAGUGAAAUAUUGGUUCAGUGGAAAGCAAAUUUUGAACACAAGCUACUAAUCCUUAAAGAUGCACUUAUUUCAGACAUCAGAAGGAAGUGCAAUGAACAUAUCAGUCUUAAAAAAAGCCAAGAAAUACUUGAUAACCAGAAGUCACAAUAUGAAAAUCAGUUGUUAGAGAGAAGCAGAAAGUUAGCUUUAAAUUUGAAGGGUAAGGAAUUAAGUGAUGAAGAGUUGCAUGAGAAAUUCAGUCAGCUUUGGACAAGUUGGAUUUAUAAUGUAUCUUCCAAUGUUCCUCAUGUCACCGAGCCUAACAUUGAUUUGGACUCUGAAAAUAUCCUUCUUGAACAUUUUAAGAAGGACAAAAAUAUUGUGGAAAGACUAAAAAUAAAGUCUGGAGAAGAGUUUGAAAUCAUGUAUGACAAACAUAUUCAAAUGAAAAGAAAGUACCUUUUACUUAGAAAGAGUUUAGAAACCUGUCAUGUAGAAUCCAUCAAAAAGACAACCAACAACAUUCAGCUAAAAUUUACAGAAACAUUUAAAAACAUUUGGAAGCAAAAGCGUGAUUACAGUCAGAAUUACUUUCAUGAAAUCUUGAAGAUCAUAGAAAAUGAGCUGAAAUCUGAACCCUGUGAGGGAGAUUACACAUUUACCAGAGACUACAGCAUUGACUUAUCCUUGUACUUAUUCCAAAGAGCAUCCAAGGAUUUCAAGGAAAUGCAUGAGGCAUUCAAGGCUGCAAAUGACCCUGUGAACUAUCUGGAGAGAAAGAAAGAUGAUUUCUUUAUGAGUUUUAAGAUCUCCUGCCAAGGUGCCACCUCAAUCACAUCCUUUGUUGACUUCCUAUGGCUCAAGCUCACACCUGCUAUCUCUGCCACCAUAUGGCAAAUAAUGGUUCAAAGAAUAGCCGGAGACAUGCGAGCCACCUGCCCUGAAUUCAAUGGAAACAGAGCUAACCUGGAGAAACAUAUUCUCUACUCUCUAGCAGAAGAAGAAAAUUUUGAUAAGUAUUGGCAAUACCUUCAUCACCCAGAAUCAUUUUUCAGGGAUUACAUUAGAAACCACAUUAAAAAAUACUGUUCAGAUAAAGAAAGUGAAAAAAUAAAAACUUUUUUAAACAUAAGUUUAGGUGACAUCAAGAAUGCCAUCCUGUCUGCCAUUCAUGAAUCCACAGCAGUAGCUAAAGCUAAAGGCAGCACUGCAUCUGGCUGGCUGGAUUUGUUCUGUGACCACCUAGGGAGCAACCUCAUCUUCCCAAGGAGAGACCUGGUAAGCAUCGAGCACCAGGAGAUAACAGAUACUGAGUUUCUCAAAGAAGCCAUGAGCAGAGCUUUGGAUCCUGCAAUGAGGAAAGUAGAAGAGGAUUGUUCAAGUAAGCCCAUGGAUGAAAUUGUUCCUGACAUUGAGAAAAUUCUCUCUGAGCAUCUCUGUGGCUGCUGGAAACAGUGUCCUUUUUGUAAGGCAAUUUGUACAAACACCGUUCCCCAACAUGAAGGAGACCACAGUGUGCCAUUUCACCGUCCUCAGGCUGUCAACGGUGGUUCUUAUCAUAAAACAGACAACUUUGUCAUUGAUUUUUGUACUAGUGAUGUAGCAAGUGAUUCUUCCUUCAUUUUACGUGACCUCCGGGAAUUCCCAUACAAGAAAUAUAGAGAAGCAGGAGGUGAUUUUGCCACUUGGAGCAUCACCCCAGACUCAUCUACCCAGCCAUAUUGGAAAUGGUUUGUCUGUCAUUUCAGAUCAAAACUAGAAGAGGCAUAUCGCAAAAAAUUUAUAGGGCUAGGUAGACUUCCAGAUUUAUGGACUAAAAUCACGAAGCGAGAAGUCCUGAAUGACUUAAAAAAAUAAUAAUUGCCACAGGCAGAACACUAGACUGGCCCCUAGAAAUUUUAUUUAGCCAAGGAGCCUAAUGGAUAACACCUUGCAGGAGGAGCUGAAGUAGGCAGGUUAACUUCCUUGAGAUGGCCUACUCUCUUGGGCAAUUUUCCUGCAGACCAAUAUUAUGAUAAUCUUUCAUACAAUAUGAUUGUUUAGAUGAAUUAGUGAUUUUAUAAGAUUCCUGAUUUGAUUUAAAUAGUUUUAGGGAGUUAGGGUAAAUGAUAGAAAGUGUAAGGAGAUGGCUUCAGUUGUUCUGCUAAAUAGAUAUAAUAAAGUUAGAAUUAAGAGCAGGAAGUGCCCCUUUCCUUGUAGUAUAAUGAGAGGUACAUAGGUUUGAAAAGGAGUACAGUGAGGUUUCACUCAUUGCAAAUAUGUAAUAGUCCUUAGAAGAAGAAAAAAGUCUUGGGACUAGUGAAUGCUCAAAACAUUCAUUAUAGGUUGUAUCUGAGCUCCUGGAUUUUGUGAUCUAGAGAUGUAGUCACAGGUUUUGGUGUGCACCAUAAAAAGGCAAGGUAAUUAACAAGGCAUAAAUAAUUCUAUUAUUAGUAUAGAAUAGAGAAUAGAUGUUUAGCCAGUCUAGCUGAACAAGACUUCAAAAAUAAGAUGUAAGAGAGAUUGUUUCUUGGUAAAUACAGAUUGGUCAUUAUCUAAGCAUAGGGAGAACUUGUUGCUGUAUACUUGGCUUGCUUAAACUUUGUUAAUCAAUUGCAAAAAGAAUUAUGGCUUUAGGGUUGGUUACUAUGGAGAAAAAAAUGAGAGAAAGUUAGAUGAAAAAUGUUUAGUUAGGUAUGAGUUUCAAAAGAGGAAUACACAAUCAAUACUCCUGUUGUAAUUUCCUCUUGUGUGAUGAUUAUAUUGUCUUUUACAAGAACAUGUGUUUUGGUGAUUCUUUUUAGAAAAUUUGCAACUUGUGGCUAUGAGAUACUUUUUGUCGUAAAUAGAGAACUUUGUCUUAGAUGGUGUUUAAAGGCUAAGAGAAAAAUAACGUUAGAGUUCACUUGUUGUAGCUUGCUUCAUCCACCAUGUGUGUGCGCUUGUGCCAGCUUUACAUUGUCUCCAAUCACACAUGCUCUCCUUGGAUCAUUGACAUAGCUAGUCUUCAACAUCCUCAUAUCAAUUUAGGUUGCAUUAUAAAUUAAAUAAGUAAAAAUAAAUUUGUUACUAUUGCAAUACUUAAAGAUUUAUAUGAAAAUGAUUUUAUUUCUGUUUGAUUUGCUAUCUCCUGCUUUAUCCAUAGGUACUAAAUAUGCCAAUGUUUUAUUGUUUUGGCUGAUUUUUUUGCUUUUUUACUUUGAUUUUGGUUGUUUUCUGUUUUUGUUCUUCUGGGAAAUUAUAUGUUUCUUAUUUUUGGUUUUUAUUGUAUGUUUCUGUGUUUAUUUGAAAUAAAUAAAAAAUAAAAAUAAAAUUGUAAUGGUA